AGUCACACACACAUUUGUGUUUUUUAUUUAUGAUUGUAAUAUAUAUGUGUAUGGGCUGGAGGCCUUUAACGCAAUAAACUAGUUUGAGUGUGACUAGUUGAUGUCUUCAAGACGUUUUUAUAGCAUUGGUGUUUUUAUUUGCAGAAGAUGAUGAUGAUUUCACAGUUAAUGCCAUCGGGAUGUUUGUUAGGAUACAUUAAGAAACACAAGGAUAUGAUUGGAUCAAAGCCAUUUCUCAACUGGUGUGCACAGAUAGCAAGGGGUAUGGUUUACCUUGAAGAAAGAGGUAUUGUCCACAGGGACCUUGCUGCUAGGAACAUAUUAGUACAAUCUGCUGCUCAAGUAAAGAUAACAGAUUUUGGUCUCGCCAAACUUCUGGAUUAUACAGAAGAUGAAUUCCAGUCAGCAGAGGAAAAGGUGCCUGUAAGAUGGUUGGCUCCAGAGUCUUUGCAGAGCAGAAUAUACUCACACAAAUCAGAUGUAUGGAGUUACGGUGUAACACUUUGGGAAAUGUUUACUUACGGCAAGAGACCGUACGAGAAGUCACAUAAUCGAGAUGUUCUGAGCCUAAUCGAGAAAGGAGAUCGAUUGCCUCAACCUGAUAUUUGUACGAUUGAUGUAUAUAUGAACAUGAUCAAAUGCUGGAUGUACAAUGCUGAAAAUCGACCGUCGUUUAAGGAACUAGCAGAAGACUUCUCUAAAAUGGCUCGUGACCCAGGGCGUUAUCUUGUUAUCCAGGGAGAUGAAAUGAUGAAGACACCGACUCAAUUGGACAGCAUUAAUGACUUAGAUCUGGAAAUGGACGCAUGCGCAGAUGGACCAGAGAAACUAAUUACGGCUGAUAAUUAUAUAAAAAUUGAACCUCCAGUACAUGAGAAAUGUAAUGAGACUACCCGCACUGAAGCUGUGGUUGACUUAGACGCAGAUGGAUACUUGAAAACCGUAGCAGAGCCUCACAUCUACUUGGAUUUGGAAGGCAAUGAUGGUGAAUACAUCGAAAUGAAAGAACGACAUUUUACGAUGGAUGGCCGAAAUGGCGAUAAGAGACGUCUUCUGAAGUCCGAAUAUGAACCUGCCGGUUCUUUGAAGUCCGAAUAUGAGAAUGGCCCCAGUUCUCUGAAGUACGAAUAUGUAAAAGAGGCCGGUUUUCGAGAGUCCGAAUACGAACCUGCCGGAUUUCCUGGGUCCAAAAGUACACAUGCAGAUACGGCAGUACUCGAGGAUAUACAGCGACAACAUAAGUCGGCAUCUACAAGCCACUCGAAAAUGGAUUAGAUGAUAAUAGAAAAGAUUCCAGUGACUUUUUUAAAACUGUUAUCAUCACUGUUCUUUAUAUUUAGAGUGUGAGACUGGUAAAAAUGUACAUUUGUUGUCAGUUUGUGUGUAUAACUUUAUACAAAGAGUGAGUCCCAUUCAUCUCACUUUUUGACAGAAAUUGAAAAUAAAAACACAACUUUAGGACUAAAAUGCAAUUUUACACGUAAAGUUUUAUAAUUCUGGCUUUUGUUUUGACAACAUUAUUCCUUCCUAUUAAAGGCCCAAGUGUGUCAAAUAUAAAAAGUGAAAAUUGAAAUUUCCAUCCAUAUUUCUGACGAGUGUCCAUGCAUUUAACUGGAACAUUUUUCAAAUCUAUGGAAUCAUAAUGUAAGUAUACACAUCAAGUUUUGUAAUUUUGUCGUCUAGUUUUACAAUUGUUUUCGCAUUUUGUACUAAUGAAAAUGUGGAAAAUCGUUAAGUUUUCUCAUAGAGAGAUUUGAUUUAAUAAAUAUAUUAUAGUUAAACUUCUCACACUCAUCUGAGUGUUUUUAUGAAGUUUACGCAAAUCCAACAACUUUGUCAGUAACUUUUUACAAACUGUGAAAUUUUCUUUAAGUUAUAACAUACCUCAGUUGCAGGACAGAAGAUUCACAAAAAUAAGGGAAAUAUUGAAGCACAGUAGAAUUAUAGACCAAUCGCACUUUAAGUUGCUUUGGAAAAUUAUCAAUUGCUAUUAUAAAUAAUCGAUGAAACUAAUUUCCUUAAUAUGAAAUAGUUGUUAGGAAAUAAACAGCCACUCAACUAUAGAUUGAUUAUUUGUUUAAACAUGUCUUUUAGACAUAUUAGGCGCACAAAAGUAAAACCUGUUCUGUGUGUUUAUUGAUUUUAAACAGGCGUUUGAUAAUGUAUGGCGACAAGGACUUUUGACAGAGCUAUUGAACUGUAAUAUAAAUGGUUAAUGUUUUAAUGUUGUCAAAAUCAUGUAUCUUAAGAAUCAAGAAUAAACGCAGGAUAUUCCUAGUUUUUUGUAUGACCGGUGUAAAUAAAAUCAGUAAGAUCCUAUGUAAGACAAGGUGAGCAUCUGUCUUCCCUUAUAUUUGCAAUAUAUUCAAAUGAUUUAAACAAAUUUGUUAGUAAUGAAAAUGUAAACGAUAUCAAACAUAUCAUAAGCCUUCAUGACAUCGGUAUGCAUUUUAAACUGUUUAUAAAAUCAUAUGCUAAUGAUACAGUUCUAUUAUUUCAAAGCAGUGCUGAACUUUAAAUGUGUGUUAGGAUUAAUGUAAUAAGUGGAAACUAGAAGGCAAUACACGAAAACACAGUUCUUGUCUUUGGCUCAAGGAGUAAACCGUAUGAUUUUCAAAUCUAAAGGUGAAACUCUUGAAAUAAAAAUCUCGGCAAAUAAGGCCAUGUUCUGCAUGAGACAAGACCUCUUGAUUUAACUAUUGAGCUAAAGGUUGAUCUAUAUAAUAAAGUUUUUAAACCUGAAAUGUUACAUCUGGAGAAAUAGUUGUCAUAUCCCUACCUCUAGACAUUAUUUCUAAAAUGAUAAGUGUCUGGAGUAAACUCUCUGAUAGCACAAGUAAUAAGAAAUAAUUUAUAGCAGAAGAGUGUUUUAAAACUAUUUAUGCACGACAGGCGAUUAUGCGUCGGGCGUAAUAAUUCUACUAGGGCGCAUCCCGAGUGGAAUUAUUUGUACGAGAUAUUACCGAGUGUAUAAAUAGUGUUAAAACACGGUUUUGCUAUUUUUUCAAUUCUAAUAUGCCUUUAAUCUGAAACAGUAUAUAAAAUAUAGUAGCGCUCUUUCUUGGUCGCAACAAAAACGUUGACGUCACCACACGUUAUCAUGACGUCAUUCUAGCGAAGCGUGUUUUAACAAAGACAAGCAUGUUAGGAUUCUAAUUCUAAUUUGACUAAUAAUGCUUUAAUUUAUCACAACGAUGUUAUGUUGACGUCCCGUCAACGUGAUAUUUAGUGUCAUGUACGCAUCAAGAAAUAGCUUUUUCAAAUUUCAUAAAAUAUUUUACCUAAUAACAUGUAAGAAUUCUAAAUGGGUAACAGGAACAAGGAAAGUUUAGCUCAAGAUAGUUAAUAUAUAUAAAAGAUUAAGUAACGAAUAAUGGGUUUGGAAAUAUAUGGGAUCAAUAAACUAAAACGAAUAUAAACUGUUUUGCAAUGGUUUUUAUACGAAAGGUAAAGGAUCAAUAUUUACAAGAAUCAAAGGAUUUAAUAUCAGAAUAAAUAAGCAGCUACAAUUAUAAACAAAUUAAUUUGGAAUGAAUAUAUAUAUUUGUAUUUAUUAUCAAACUAUUUUUUGUAAAAUUUUAUCAGCUUUCCUUAUUAGAAAUCAAAAACUCCCAUUUGAAGUUGGGAGAUCGACAGGGUUAUCAUUAGCUGAAAGGAAAUGUGAAUUAUGUGAACUAACUGAAGUAGGAAUCGAGUUUUAUUAUCUACUCUGUUGUAAUUUUUUAAGACCAAAGGAACUAGUGUGUUAAAGGUUUUAUUAUCGAAACCCAAUUAUCAUAAAAUUUUCUCAGCUCUUGAACAGUGAAAAUAAAUGUGAAUUAAUAAGAUUAUGUAAGUUCUUGGAUCAUGGUAUGUAAACUGUAAGAAAUAACCCUUACGGGUAUUAAGAAACCAGUAUCAGGUUAUAAACAUAUUAUUUUAAAAGUUGACCUGUGAUUCAUGUUAAAUUUUGUAUAAAGUAUUUGUGUUUUUUAAGUUUUAGUUAAUGUAAGAUUAUUAAAGUCUGUAAUGUAAAAUAUUACUUGGAAAAUAAGUAUGUGUCUGCUUUUCGAACAUCACUGUACAUAAAUCAAUAUAAUCAUUCUAUGCUUGCACGUUUUUCAAUAAAAUGUAUGUUACUGA